GGAGGCGUCCCAAAAUUCCAUUCACAUUAGCAAGACUAAUCGAAACAUCAGCAUCAUGAAGUUCUUGAUCCUUUUCGUUGCACUUUUCGCCAUGGCCGCUGCCGUGCCUCAGUGGGGAGGUGGAUUCGGAGGUGGAUUUGGCGACCAACAGCAGCAGCAGCAGCAGGGAGGAUUCGGAGGUGGAUUCGGAGGUGGAUUCGACGACCAACAGCAGCAACAGCAGCAGGGAGGAUUCGGAGGUGGAUUCGGAGGUGGAUUUGGCGACCAACAGCAGCAACAGCAGCAGGGAGGAUUCGGAGGUGGACUCGGAGGUGGAUUUGGCGACCAACAGCAGCAACAGCAGCAGGGAGGAGGAUUCGGCUGGUAAAGACCAACUAAGAUCCCUAGCAACACAUUAACGCAAAUACAUCAAUAAAAACAUGACACUUUAAUAAUACAAAA